AUGUUCUUCCGCACGUGUCAGUCGCUGCGGGAUCCAGCCAAGUUAGUGGCUAACAGUCGACUGUCGGUGCAGAUAGCCAGCAAAUUGCCGCUGAUCUUGACGACGAUGCCCCCGUGUGUGUUGUCGCCGGGAUUGGUGGACGACACGUUGGUCGGUCUGGAGGAUGGAGGCAAUGUGUCCAGUGUGUUUUAUCACUUGUUUCGGUUGUUUGAGGAACUGCUGGGGGUGGGCCGUGAUGAGGAGAGCUCAGCUUCUCCCGGGGAUAGGGUCUGUCUUUCGGCUAGUGAUCGAGCCACGGUGAUUGUAGCGUAUGUGGCGCUGGCGUUGAAGUGGGGGCGACUAGCGUACUUGCUAAAGGGGGUCAAGUUGCUGCUGGAGAAUGGAGAUGAACUCAAUGGAGCGCGAUUCGAGUCGCUUGGACCUCUUUUCCGGGAGCUUGCAGCUACCUCGAUCGAGCGACCGCAGAUUGCGUUCGGUGAAGAGGAACAGCCGUGUGGCUAUCUGAUGAGUUUUGGCAAGGGAGAUCACGGUAAACUCGGCCAUGGUCAAUGCUCACAUGUGAGUUGUCAGGAGGGCAACUGCACGGAGAACAAAAUGGUGCCAACCAUGAUUGCAGCUACCAGAGACGUCCUUUUCCGCAAAAUCGACUCGCUUUCGACUCACAGUAUCGCCAUUACGGCGAAGGGUGAAGCAAUGGCCUGGGGCAACGGCGACAAGUACCGUCUGGGGCAUGGAUCCUCUUCGAAAGAGUACACGCCGCGAACGAUCGAGUUUCUCAGUCUCAAAGGAAGAGUGCGUGAUUUGGCCUGUGGUCUUGGGCAUACACUUGCCCUGAUUGAAUCUGGAGAGCUCUACGCGUGGGGUAACGGUUCCAACGGGCGAUUGGGCCUUGGCGACACUAACGAUCGCUCUAGCCCAACACGAUCUAAUGGUGCAUCGAUUGCACCGGUGCGCUUUCGGCACAUUUUCUGUGGUGCGUCCCAUUCUUUGGGAUUAUCGUGGGACGGAAGAGCGUACGCAUGGGGAAAAAACAACCAAGGUCAGUGUGGUCACGGACACACGAACGAUCAGUGGACCAUUCAAGAGAUAGAAAGUUUUCGUGACACCGAAGAAGGCGAAGAAGAAGAAUUUGUCGUUUAUGCUGCCGGUGGAUGGGAGCAUACACUAUUUUGCACAGCGUCUGGACGAGUGUACUCGUGUGGGUGCGGAUACAAGGACAGCCGUCGUGCCGGGAUCCCACCGGUACUUGGACAUGGCGACUGUGAUCGUAGACUCAAACCCACCUCGGUCCAAGCAUUAGACGAUACCCACGAGGAAGUCGUUAAAGUCGCGUGUGGGUGGGACCAUUCACUUGCUGUUACUGCAAACGGUCGAGUUUACACGUGGGGCUCCGGUGCAAAUGGUAAACUGGGGCAUGGUGACGAAGAAAGCUUUGAUAUCCCGACGCUUGUACGAUGCAUGGACGGUAAAAAGGUGAAAGACGCAAAAGCUGGGUGCGAGCAUACCGUUUUCUUAACUUACGACCACGAGUUGUGGACCUGUGGCCAAGGCGAUAGUGGCCGACUAGGGCAUGGUGAUAGCCAGACACGAAAACGCCCGACUAAAAUUGAGCUCUUC